AUGUCAAAAGUUAUUGUUCCUCUAAGUCUAAAACAAUUGGAAGAUGACAAAAGUCAAUUAAUUCAAUUGUUUAUUGAUAAUGAAAAUAGUAUUCAAGUUUUAUUAGACUGUGCAAAAAAAUUCAUAGAAACAAACUGUGAAUCAUUAUUAACAAUUAAGAUUUGUCAAAAACUUCAUCAUCUCUAUGACCAAAAAGAAAAAGAUAAUUUAGAAAUUAAAACUAUUGUUGACAAAGAAAAUAUUUGGAGAAGUUCUAUUAAAAGUUCUGAACUCAAAGAUAAAACAGAAGAGAUAGAGAAAUAUGAUUUAAAUAUGAAAUUCUAUGGCAUGUUACCAGAAAGUAUCAAGCCAAACAAUGAACAAUUUUUAUUAAACAUUUCUCAAGUUUCAAUGAUUAUGGUUAAAGCCGCUCAUUUCAUCUAUACCGACUCAACUGCAAGAUUAAGAACCAACAUUAAAGAUAAAAUGGAGAUUGAUGAAGAAAGUGUCAAUAACACCAAAAUAGAGAAAGCUACUGAAUUAUUUAAUCAAUUUAAUGAAAUUUUAGACAGUUCAAUCAAAGACUUGCCAGCCAAUCUUUCAAUUGAUAUUAUCAAGUACCUUAAAGAAAAAAAUUUGCCAAUGAUCUGUGUUAGAUUGUGUCAUACUUUGGCUAAGAAAAUUCAAUCCAAUAGAAUAGAGUGUCAAAUAGAUGAAACACCUAAAUCAUUUGAUUUAGAUCAAAUCUUAUAUCAAAUUAUCGAGUAUUGUGUUAACUCAAUUUUUGAUACCAUCUCCAAAAUUGAAAAGAAAGUAAAAGAAAAUGGCCAUCUUGUAACCAACCAAGAGCUCGAAGAUCUUGCUAUAUUAAAGAAAGGUGAAAUUCUAAAAGAAUUUAUUGAAUUUCUUAUUCCAGAAUACCUAAAAGAUCCAUAUUCAAUCGUCAAAUUAGGCCAAAAACUACUUGGCUACGAACAAUACAACCACGUUGUUUUAUUAACUGAAUUGGGUAGAAUUAGAUUAGAAAACUUAAAAAAAGAACAACAAGAAAGACUCGACCUUUUCAGCCAAAUCCAGAAAUACAAAGAUGAUAUUGAAUCUAUUAAAAAAGUCAAAGGUGACACUACCUUACCAGAAUCAAAACUCGAUUCUCUAAAUGAGCAGAAAAAAAAAUAUACCGUCCUACCAUCAUACGCCCUUAUUGACAAAAGAGAAUUAAGCAAACUUAAUUUAGAGAUCUCAACUCUUAGAAUUAAAUCAAUUUUAGAAAUGAAACGUGCAUCCAAAUAUACAUUGAAUAUUCAAAGCCAUCUCGAUGAAACUUUAGCAAUUCUUUUGGAUCCACAACAUAUCUACGAAUUAGCUCUUCUAUUAAAGAAUACUGAGGUCGAUACUGCUCUUGUUUAUGGCCAUAGAUGUCAACUCUUCAUUACCGAUUUAGAGGCACUCAGAGAAAAAACUUUACCACUUCAAACUCAAUUAGAUUCUUUACUCGCUGAAGAAUCCAAUCUUCGUAAAAAUGGCCAUGCCUUAAGUGAAGAUCUUACAACUUUAAUUGCAAAAUUAAAAGCUGAUAUCUCUUCUCUUCCAGCCUUCCCAUUCUUCAGUACCCUUUCAAAUCGUCACGAAUAUGACCGUUUAAAUCUUCAAGUCGCUCAGCUUAUGAUCUCCUGUAUCUUAACCAAGAAAUCCUUAGUAGAUUCAAAAGACCAAGCCCAAAAAGAUUUAUUAAAUGCCAAAGUUAAUGAAUUGGUUAAUGUUUGCUUAGAAAAAUUCAAGGAUCCAAAAUAUCUUUUAGAAUUACAAGUCUACUUGAAAAAUGAAAAAGAAGAUAAGAUCCUUAUUCAAAUUGCCAAUCAUGUUCUUAAUGAAAGUGUUAAAAUUGAAAAUCUUCGUUUAUCCACAAAUAAAUUAGUGGCCGAAAUCAACAAUGCCAAAGAUGACGCUGAAAAGAGUAAAUUACAACAAAGAUUAAAUGCUUUGCCCGCCCUCCCAUACUUUUCAAGCAAUAUCGAUUUUCAAUACGAUAAAACCAUCUAUGAUUCUGUUGACACAUUAUUACACUCAUUAUUAGACCACUAUUCAUUUGUCGAAGAAAAAAAUAGAAAGGGAAAACUCUUCAGCAUCAAAAAUAUUGAAGAAGAAGGUAUUCAAAAAGAAAAAGAUGAAAUUAAUAAUUUAAUCAAUCAAUCAGUAUCCCAUUGUUUACCAUUCAUUAAAUCACCAGUCUCUGUUCAUCAAUUAGCUACAAGUGUCUCACGUAAAAGAGAUUCAUUAUUCUUAGAUAUUCAAAAAUAUCUACAUCCAAUUCUUGUUGAAAAACAUAAAGAAUCAAUUCAAUAUAAAAAAAUGGAAAUUACAGUUUCAGUAUUAAAUCAAGAGUUAACAGAAUUAACCAAAUUCAAAAAAGAAAUGCCAGCUUUGGAUAUUCAAAUCUUAGAAAAUACAAAAUCAUCCCUUGGAAACAUUUCAAUUCCAUAUAUUUCAGAGUAUUUGGACUCCCAUUCAUUACACUCAAAGCUUAUUAUUGAAGGUAUUAAAUUGUUUUAUGACAGUUUGAAAGAAUUAUUUUCACCACAAAACCCAAUUCCAAAGAAUGAAACUGCAAAUUUAAUUAAACUUAAUCAAACCCACAUCGACACCGAGUUUGAAUUAUUCGCCCAAUAUAUCGAAAAUCCAGAUACAUUCACCUCAAUCAUCAACUUAUUAAAAGAAAGAAAAGAAUAUAAACUUAUUACUGAUAUUGGUAAAUUGGCAUUUGACAAAUUAAAAAUCUUUAGAGAAUACCAAAAAGUUCAAAAAACAUUACAAGACAAACAAACUACUUUAGAUGAAGAACGUGAACAAUUAAAUAAACAACGUCGUCGUUUAUCUGCUGAAAAGAAUGAAGCUCUUAGAAAUUCUACCAUUGAACAAAAAGUUAAAUUAUUAGAUCCACCAUUCUACACCAAAAAUGUUGACGACCUAUCCCUAUAUGUUGGUAAUCUUUUAGUCGAGUGUAAUAGUAAAGAAAAACUUGAAUUCGAAACCAAAGCCUCAUCUAAAGAAAUGGAGAACCAAUUCCAAUACAUCCAAACCGAAAGAAAGCGUAUUAACGACUUAGUCCAAUCAAACAUCUCUUUAAUUUUAAGCUGUAUCGUAUCAUUAGAAAAAUUAAUCUCAUUUGCCAAUGACCUUUUCAAUAAGAAAGAAUACAACUUAGUAUUAAAAGUCGGUGCAUCAAUCGAAGAUAUAUUAGAUAACAAAAAAAUUGUUAUCGAAGAAAAAGAAGCUUUACUUAAAGAAUCAAAAGAACUUCAAUCUCAAUUCCUUCAAUCAAAGAGUACUAAAGAACGUGAUGCCAUCCAAGUUUUAAUCGAUAAAAAUCAAAAGAAAGCUGAUGAAGUCAUUCCAACCCAUACCUAUGAAGAAAUUAAAGAAUUAACCUUAAAGAUCACUUCAAUUAUGAUAGAAUCAGCAAACUUUGAAGAUCUUGGUGAAAUUUUACGUCAACAAUAUAUUAUUGCUUUUCGUAUUGAUACCUCACCAGAAAAAUGGGAUAUCAUUAGAAAUCUUUCCAGCGAAGAAGAGUGGAACCAAACUAAGAAUGAAUUGGUCGAAUAUGUUAUGAAAAAAGAAGAAAACAUCAAUAGCAAGAUUGAACUAUUAAUGAAAGAUGGCUUAUUUACUCAAUGUAUCAAGAUUUUCCCACACCCAAGUACCGAAGAAGCUGAAUUGGAUAUUCAAUUAAAUCUUUUAAUUAGUCUUUACGAAGCUGUAGACCAAUACCAAUUUAGUUUAUUAAAUGAAGUAAUUCCAAUCGUUCAAAGAUACUGUAAACGUUGCUAUCAAGAAUGGAAACCAGAAAAACUAGACCCAUUAUAUGACUGUGUUCAAAAACGUUUCCCAAGUGAAAUUCGUGAUAUCUUUGAAGUUGCCACCGAUAUGUUAUUAGUUAAUAUUUUACAAAGUCAAUACCCAAUAUUCCUCGGAAUGUUAAAAUCAUUCAAGAAAAGAAUGGUUAAUACCUUAGGUUUAGACUCCCUCUGGAAUUCAUAUUUAGAUAAUUUCAAGAAAACUCAUAAAUCAAAGAAGAGAUUAAUUCAAAUGAUUUCAUUUAUUGGCGAUAGUGUAUGGAAUAUUGAAGCUCCAAACAAUGGCACAAAAGCACCAGGUAAACGUUCAACACCAGCCUCUGCCUCAACUUCACAAAACAAUUUAAAGAGAAUUAAAGUAAACUUGGCUCAACAAAAGAAAGAUGAAACUGUAGAUGAAGAAUUUUAUGAAGAUACUGACGAAGAAACUAACUAA